AGGUGGGGGCGGGGCGGGAGCGACGCGCUCGAGCUCUUGACGUCGCAGCGACGGUUGGUGACGGUUAGUGGCGGUUGGUCGCGAGCGGCGUCGGCGGCAUGUGCGGAAUAUUUGCGUAUCUGAACUACUGUGUCCCUCGAACACGGAGGGAGAUCUUGGAGACGCUCAUCAAAGGCUUACAGCGCCUGGAAUACAGAGGCUACGACUCUGCAGGUGUUGGAAUCGAUGGUGGAAAUGAGAAAACCUGGGAAAACAAACUCCAUCCGAUCCAACUGAUCAAGAAGAGGGGGAAAGUCAAAGCACUGGAAGAGGAGAUUCACAAGCAAGAAGAUGCUGAUUUAGACAUUGAGUUUGAUAUCCACCUUGGCAUCGCACACACGCGCUGGGCAACCCAUGGCGCACCCAGCUCACUUAACUGCCACCCGCAGCGCUCUGAUAAGAACAACGAGUUUGUGGUUAUCCACAAUGGCAUCAUCACAAAUUACAAAGACCUGAAGAAGUUCCUGGAAAGCAAAGGCUAUGAGUUUGAAUCAGACACGGACACGGAAUCCAUCGCGAAGCUAGUGAAGUACAUGUAUGAUAACCGUGAGAGUGAUGACAUCACCUUCGCCACCUUGGUGGAACGGGUCACCCAACAGUUGGAAGGAGCUUUUGCUAUCGUGCUGAAGAGUGUUCAUUACCCAGGUGAAGCCGUGGGUUCUAGGCGGGGGGGUCCUCUGCUAAUCGGUGUGCGAAGCGAACACAGACUCUCCACUGAUCACAUUCCUGUGCUGUAUCACUCAGCCGAUUAUAGGAUGGAUUGUACUUUGGAUGCCAAAUCUACGGAAUCAAAAAGUCAUUUAGGCAAGGACAAGAAGGGCAGCUGUAGCCUCCCUCGCGUUGACAGCACCACCUGCCUGUUUCCGGUGGAGGAGAAAGCCGUGGAGUAUUACUUUGCAUCAGAUGCCAGUGCUGUCAUUGAACACACAAACAGAGUGAUCUUUUUGGAGGAUGAUGAUGUGGCUGCCGUCGUGGACGGACACCUCUCCAUCCACAGGAUUAAACGCAGAGCUGGAGAUCACCCAGCCCGGGCCAUCCAGACCCUUCAGCUAGAGCUGCAGCAGAUCAUGAAAGGCAAUUUCAGCUCCUUUAUGCAGAAGGAGAUUUUUGAGCAGCCAGAGUCGGUGUUAAAUUCAAUGAGAGGAAGAGUCAACUUUGACGAUUAUGCAGUGAUCCUGGGAGGCUUGCAGGAUCACAUCAAGGAAAUCCUGAGGUGCCGACGCCUGAUCCUCAUUGCCUGUGGCACAAGUUACCACGCUGGUGUUGCUACUCGGCAGGUGCUUGAGGAGCUGACAGAGCUGCCGGUCAUGGUUGAACUUGCCAGUGAUUUCCUGGACCGGAACACCCCAGUCUUCAGAGAUGAUGUGUGUUUCUUUAUCAGCCAGUCAGGGGAAACGGCAGACACUCUGAUGGCCCUGAGGUACUGCAAGGAGAGAGGUGCCCUGACUGUGGGCAUCACAAAUACUGUCGGCAGCUCCAUCUCGCGCGAGACAGACUGCGGAGUCCACAUCAAUGCUGGGCCCGAAAUCGGCGUGGCUAGCACAAAGGCUUACACCAGCCAGUUUGUGUCUCUGGUGAUGUUUGCUCUCAUGAUGUGUGAAGACAGAAUCUCUAUACAGGAGAGAAGGAAGGAGAUUAUCCGGGGAUUGAAAUCACUGCCAGACCUUAUUAAAGAGAUUCUGACCAUGGAUGAAGAGAUCCAAACGUUGGCACGAGAGCUGUACCAGCAGAAAUCCGUCCUCAUCAUGGGCCGUGGAUAUCACUACGCCACCUGCCUGGAGGGGGCGCUGAAAAUUAAAGAGAUCACGUACAUGCACUCUGAGGGCAUUCUGGCUGGGGAACUGAAGCACGGCCCACUGGCCCUGGUGGACAAGCUAAUGCCAGUCAUCAUGGUCAUCAUGCGUGACCACACCUACACAAAGUGCCAGAGCGCCCUGCAGCAAGUGGUUGCACGACAGGGCCGCCCGAUUGUGAUCUGCGACAAGGAUGACAUCGAGACCAUGAAGAAUGCUAACCGGGUGAUCAAAGUGCCUCACACGGUGGAUUGUCUGCAAGGGAUCCUCAGUGUGAUACCGCUGCAACUGCUGUCCUUCCAUCUCGCUGUUCUGCGAGGAUACGAUGUUGACUGUCCACGAAACCUGGCCAAAUCCGUCACCGUGGAGUGAAGUUCGAGGCUGACAAAACCACACGAGACACAGAGGGCCAAGAAUUCAACUUCUUUUUUUUUAACCUGAGCAUUCUUAACUCUUUAUUUUUUAACAAACAAAAUACUGUAUAAAUCUUAAUUUACUCUUUAGUCUGGUGGGAAUACAUGUGGACGUGCUGUGGAGGGAGGGUGUGGGUAAAGUCUAGAAUGAUACGGUGUAAGGCAAGGGCUCCUGGGCAGGGCAGAAGGUUGUUGUGAAGGGUGCUGAGAGGAGUAUUGUAGGUCUGACCAGUCCGUGACCAUUUUUGUGUCGUGUUUAUUUUUCGUCCGAGUGCGUUCCAUUUCAUUGUUGUUGCUCAAAAUCCAAGCAGAAUUUUCUCUGCCACUCUGUUGCAUUUUUCUUCAGCGGACUCCAGAGUCGGAACGGCGCCUGCGACCCUAACCGGGCGCUAAGAAUGUUCCGCGUUGAAACCUCUUAACGGAGAGCUUGCCCGUCCCAUUAUCCUCCGAUCAUUUCUCUCGCUGCCUUAUCUACUCAUCUUUAGUUUGCGACGCCUGAGAAUCAGAGCCAGUUUCAUUCUUCCCGUCAGGGGGACUCCUGGCCACACCGUUGACUGCUUCAAUCCACCACUUUGUUUUGAAGUACAACCCGUUUGCAUCUUUCGGGGAGUAAACUUGCACAUUUUGUAUAAAGUGGGGUGUUGCCCUAGUGUGUAGCUGCAGGGAAAUCUCUUAACGUAAUCCUGAUUAUAAACGGGAUUGGGGAAGUUUCACAUCAAUGCGUUUUCUCACAAGCGACUGGCUCCCGCUAUAACCUGCUCACUCACUCACUAGAAAACGCAAUGCGUUGAUAGAAGACAGCUCAGUAUCUUGCACGCACAUGCGACUUUAGAUUAGAAACAGCGAGGAGGAAUCAGACUGUCGAAACUGACAGCAAGAAUUCUUUAGGCUUUAUUGAAAUAUUAAAGCUGUAUAGUUAAUUAUUUAUAACAGCUUAGUACUUUAUACUGUGAUUAAUUUUAGUUGAUUCCGGUUAAUGGUGACAUGAAGUUUUUAGUACGAGGAUUCCUGAAUUUCCCUGCAUGUGUCUGGCAACAGAAUCCCCUUCAAACCUGAUAAGCUUUGGGGUACAGAACUUUCAUAUUCAUUGAAAAGAAUGCUUUAAACACAUAAGGAUGUGGCCUCUGUGGUGUCGAUUGGUUUCAAUCCCAAAUCUGUCUGUCGAUGUGGAAACUUGGAAUCUGCAUAUUUUGUGGGCUUAUCUAUUAGAACUCUCUCAUAUUCGCUGACUUCCAAAAGAAAUAAUAUUACCUCUGGCUUAACCCCUCCCCCCCACCCUCCCCCAUACAAAUGACAGAAUUUUUAGCCCCGCACUAGAUAAAGAUAGGUGCGGGAGUUCAAGCGGCUGGAAAGCUUGACAGAUAUUGUUCUCAACAGCAAACCAUGUGGUUAAAGCCAACUAAAUUCCAGGAGUUACCCUAUGCACACUGGGGACCCUCAGCCUUGGCUCUUGCCAGCCUGCGUCUAAUUGACUCUAAUAAGUAAGCAAGGUGCUCCCCUCCGGGCUGGGAGGGGGAGGUGGGAGAGUGCGCACAUUCCAAAACAAAAAAAACAAUGCUGCAAACCAUUUAUUCAUCUCACUUCAACCUGAUUCCAGAUUCAGCACAAUAUAACCAAUCUGGGGGCCUGUCUCCGCUUUGGGUACAACUGGAAUUUUGUAAGAAGUGUAUUCUGCUGCAAUAAUGGUAAUAAUAUAAUAAUAAUACCCUGUGACCUCUAAAUGUUGGCAUCUCUCAUUUUGCUAAACAUUGUGCUUUGCAACAGCCUGGGAAUAGAACUUGUGCUGAAAUCUGUGCUGAGAAAUUCCACUUGCAGUCAAGUGUGGUGACUGACACUGGGUGGGGUUUAUAAAGGUAUUUUUUCUUGUUAUAACUGCACAACAUUCAUGUCCUUCCACGUAGUGGCGUUUAAACGGCUCAGUGUAACCGUGGGUCUGAGAUUGACUGCUGUGUGAAUGGGCUUCUUGCUUCAAAUCCACUCUGGGUGCAUGAGGUAAUUCGGACGAGCCGUGUUUCGUUGACUAUGAGGAAGCCAUUGAGUACAAUCUCUCUCUGCUAAUUUCAUCGCUGGUUAACUCUGAUUUGCCUGGGUAGAAAGAAUGCAGCCACGCCACUGUUGUGUAUUCAAGACAAAAUACCUGCAGUGUAACUUGACGGAGCUGGAGGGAGUCAGCAGGGGAGCUGUUCUGGGUACAGAGCCAACUCGUGCACUGCGCUCUCCAGACCCUGUCAGCCCAGAGCGCACAUUAACCAUUGUUCUGGAAUCUUUACUUUAUGGUCUCGCGCUGAUUCGGGGGGAAGAGGGGAAACUGGAAUUAUCAUUGCUUUGCUGCUACCACCAGCUUCGAAAUUCCCUUCGACGCCCGGCGGCUUAAUCCAGUCCAGAUUUACUACUGCCGUGUGAAGUUUGCACCAGGCUCCACAGUAAAUUAGGUUGACUGCAGCUAUGUCAAAGCGGACAGGAGCAGAGUGCACUGUGUGGCAUUGUGAGAGAUCAUCACCGGAGUUGCAAUAUUCAACAAGCAGUUUGCUGAAUCAUCAAAUCAUGCUUUGCUCAGUUUGCCUGGAAAUGAAAUUCAGAAUGUAAUCUGAGUGGCAUUAAACCUCAAUGCUGUAACUAGAAUUUUUAUUGAACAAAAAAAUAAGCACCGCAUUAAACCAGAGUUGUUUUGGCUUAACGGUGAAGCCUUGGAUGAGUCAUUCCAUUGACCCCCAGUUAACAAUUUCCUGAACGAACGCAGUCACGCAAUUGUAAUUGAGUAACGUAAACUAUUUGAGCCGACUUAAAUCCCGUCUUGUUUAUUCCACAAAGGGAAACUAGAGAUAAAAGGAGAAGAAAACCGAGAAAAUUGUUGAUGCAGCGCAAUUGACCAGGUGGGACUGUGUACUGACACAGUCCCAGUGCUGUUGUCGUUUCCAUCAACCGUGCACCAAACUUAACAGAGCUUCCCGCAUAGGUUUAAGAUGUAAGCCAUCGCUGAGCGAAUUGCUAUCAAAUCCAAUGCGUUCAACACAUUGUUGUAACUUAAGUGUGAGUGCACUGCCAUCGCUUUCACACACAGGCCAUGGUGGUAACUUGCUACCUCUGCUCUCUGUGUCUGAAAAGGCAUCUUCUUGUGGUUUGAAGAGCGAUGCAGGUCUUUAAGAUUCACACACACACACAUUUGCAGUAUCGAAAUUCAAUUUAGAAUCAGAUAAAAGGUGACUAGGCCAGACUGGUAGUUUGCUUGAGUUUUUAGCACAGUGAUUGAAACCAAUGCUUGCAAUUUAGUGUGACUUCCCCCACCAGCAAAAUGCGACCUCUAACAUUUUAGGGACGUUUGGCAAGUGUGAGAUCGCAGCUAUUUGACCCUAGAAGGUUACAAGUGAACAUAGGUAAAAUCUUCUGUGCGCUUUGUGGCACUGAACGUAAUGAAACCAAAACUAACAUGAAAGCAAUUGAUCUGGAGUAUCUGUGUUAUUUGUUGUUGAUUGAGUGAUGGUUUAAGUGUCAGUGGUUCAGUGUUUUAGCCUAUCUUGGGGAGCUGGACUUUAUGCUUGGGGAUUAAUUGAGAACCGGUGGGGGGGGAAUGAUUAAAAACUUAUACACUGCA